AUGUAUGCUACUGUAAUAAUAUUGGGGCUAGUGAUGUUGUCUGAUGUAGUACCCUACGAAAACGAGACAAGGGCGGAGUUCCAUAAGAAACAAGCUGAAUUGAUUUCUCACUUAUUCUCCGGAUACAGAAAAGAAGUGCCACCAAUUAUUAUAAGAGGCCUUGAUUCACCAACGACCAUAGAGCCCUUGGUUGUGAAUAUCACACUUGGAUACGUACACCUUAUGACUGUCAACGAGCCAAAUCAAACAAUAGACAUGCUUAUCGACUACAUUUUGAGGUGGAACGAUGUGCGCCUCACAUGGAACCCAGCUGAUUUCAAUGAAAUCAAAGGGAUCUUGAUCGAUAAAAACCUUAUCUGGAAAGCAGAUCUGCUAUCGUCCGAAAGCUGUACCACAACUGAUGUGAGAGAAUCUCAGUUGCAACAUGCUUACGUAGAAUGCAAUGGCAAUGUACAUCUCUAUGUGGCUAAUGCCAUCUCACUCCUGUGUCCAUGGAACGUCGAAAAUUUCCCGUUCGAUGAGCAAGUAUGCAAUUUGACUUUCGCAUCCAUCGACCUUUUGCAUCCGGCUAUACAAUUUAACGCUAAUAUAUCGGAAGACUACAAGAAACCUCGGGAUAAUGGCGCAUGGACUGUUUAUGGGCCCAUGGUUGAACCUAAUUUAGAAGACCACAAAGCAUCGUUCCACUUCCAAUUUAAACGUAGCCCUGGUUUUUAUGUUAUCGUUAUAAUAAUGCCAUCGUUUCUGCUUACCUUCCUCUGCGUGAUUGGAAUGUUUCGGUUCAAUUCUGACCAUACCGAUUACCUAGGCAAACUAGGGGCCGGUUUUACGGCUAUAGUUGCAAAGUGUUCCAUUCUUCAGCUUCUAGAAACAUCUGCACCCAAGGCAAGUCAACUGUCAUUGCUGUCCUUUUACGUUAUGGUGAACCUAAUAUUAGUGACUGUGGCUAUGUUUAUCACUGUGAUGAGUCUGGAAAUGUGCUCUCUGUCAAAACUCGCCAUUCCUGGUAUCAAAACAAAGAGAUGGACUCGUCGGUUCCGUUUCAACUCGCUUGCGAAGUUUCGAGUCAUUUGCUUAAUUCUAUUCCCAUUAGCAACAACUGUGAAUCUACUUAAGUUGUUGUUAGAUGUGCGCAAAUGUAUGAAUAAUUGUAAACCAAUGGAGAAAUCACUUGUCACGAUGUAA